AUGAGUCAAUUAAUCUACGAGUUCACAGCAAUAUUUGUUGUGAUUAUUCAUAUUCACAGUAACAGUAGUGCAGAUACUUCGUAUUCCCAUCAAGAUGCAGAAAAUACGUCUGAUACACUUUUCAAUAGUACAAUCAACUGGACCACACACUCUCCAAUUGAAGAGGGCGCUAGCAAAACUAUGAAAAUAAUUUCUAUUUGCUUACUAGUUGGCAUGGUAGUUAGCAGUAUUAUCUAUUGGAAGUCUGUACAAAGAUGCAAGACUGUAAAACCUGUACAGCAGCAAACGCCAAUGGACACUGGAACUGAGCUAGAAAAAUGGGAACGAUUUUGA